UGUUGCAAACCUUUCAGCCAACCAUUUGCAGACUGUGAUGGCAAAGCCAAAGCCAGAUGGUGUUGCAUCUUACCUGUUUGAAGUGAACUUUGGUACCAAACCAUAAUGGGUUGUAUAUAGCAAGUAUUGCAGGCCCAAUUAGCAAAAGAACGCUCAGGAACGUAUAGAUUGGAAACAUGUAGAAGAGGCCUUCAUUCCGUAGUGGAUAGACAAUAAUUAAAAUGAUGAUGAUAUAGGAUACCAUAAGAUAUGGUGUGUCUCUGGCCACUGUGGCCAUAUCAACCAGGCUUAGUAUCAGCCAUGUAUAAACCAUAAUUUAAUUGUGGUCGAAAGUCCAGGAUUACCACUAGGGCUAGCUAGAUCUCCGGCACCAUUCGGAAGUUUAGAAGUGAGCCCAUCUGCCUACCAUCUUGUUUUCCAGAAGACCUGUGGCUUAAAUUUGGUUGGCCAGGAUUGACAAAAGCAGAAAAAGAGAUGAAACAAGGAAGGCAAGGAACCACCAGGUCCCGUCACGAAAGACCAGAAGAUGUCAAAAAUUUGAGCUGUGCCGUUCGGCUGGAAUAUACGGCAGACAGUUUACAAGGGCCCGGAUCCCAAGAGGGCCAAAGGGAGACUUGCAAGACAAUGCAACAGCGCUGGGAAACCCAGUGGCAAGAGUUCCUCAGGACCCUUCAGCCCAGUCAACCCGGGGCAGGACAUCUUACUCCGUCAGAGGCCUCCCCCUGGGAAGACCCCAAGGCCUUCUUGGCCUCCUUUGAGCAGGUGGCCCAAGCCUGCCAUUGGCCCAGAGGAGAGUGGGCAGCCCGUCUCCUCCCUGCUUUGAGCGGAGAAGCUGAGGAGGCUUUCCAAAGCUUGGAACCCAGAGACCGGGAAGACUACACCAAAGUGAAGGCCGCCAUUUUGAGAGAGGAAGCCAUCAAAAUGGAGGCCCAACGCCAGUACUUCAGGCAGUUCUGCUGCCGGGAAGCGGAAGAUCCCCGGAGGAUCCACAGCCAACUCCAGGAGCUUUGCCACCAGUGGCUGAAGCCGGAGAGACGCACCAAGGAGCAGAUCCUGGAGCUGCUGAUCCUGGAGCAGUUCCUGGUCAGCCUCCCAUCGGACCUCCAGAGCUGGAUCCGAGCACAAGGAGCAGACACCUGUUCCCAGGCGGUGACUCUGAUGGAUGACUUCCUGUUGAACCAGCAGGAGGACGAAACCAGGAAAUGGCAGGUCAGUUUUCAUUUCUGGAGUUACGUUAUGACGCAGGGGAUUGGGUUUACGGGCAGCCCUUGA